AUGGCCGGCGCCGAUGAGGCUGUUUGCUCCACCGCGGGCAGCUUGGCGAUUGGCAGUGGCCCGGCUCUGCAGCUGACCGAGCUGGACGUCACACAGUCGGUGGGCCCUCUUUUGCGCUUUGUCCAUCGGUUGUCCCGGUUGGGGGAGCGCUUUACCGCCAUCCAAAUCGUGGAUGCCUGGAUGCGAGGUUCCGCAGCGGCCAAGGACCCUCCGCGGUCGUUGGCCUCACGCAAGCGCCGGCGCCGGGCUCGCGACAACCUGGCCACCGAGGAGGCGAGCAACGGCUCCGAUGGGGACUUCGCCGACCAGGACGAUCUCGAUGCCACGGGGCCUGCUGCUCUGGCCACGGUGGACCCGUCUCCCUUCGCGCGACAUGUGUCCGAGCGGAUCCUCUCUCGUCUGGUGCACACGGAAAAGCUGCUCCAUGAGCGUUUCUAUCACACUGCUUACACAACUAUCAACUACGUGGAAGUGAAUUAUGCUCAUCGACUGUUUGGUGGCCAGGUGCCAGAUCGCAAGACCUUGCACUUUCCCCUCCUGGAGACGGCAGACCACGCCUGGUGGCGGGGAUUCACCCUGCGGAUGGUCCUGCCGGUGAGCAUGGCUUCGGCUGGUGCCUUCCGGUCGCGCUCGGCCCAGGCCGCCGCCGAAGGGGCACUCGUCGGUAGGGCGUCCGCCGACACGACCUCGCGGCCAACACGGCUGCGCUCUCGGGCCUCCGCGCGCAACCCGCCACCACCUUGUCCCGCAGCCGAUGAAGUGCCUGUGGUGGACUUCGUAAAGGAAGAAUAG